AUGAACCUGUCGGUCAACAAAGCCUUGAGAUCCCACUGCAACAAAAGAGGCUCCCAACAGCUGUGUGCAGAAAGCCCCUCGGCUUCGGGGCUUUCCCAGUACUUCCGUGCGGGCUGGCAGAGCGCCGCCAACACUAUGCUCAAGUAUAUAGCUGGAUCGGUGGCUCUUGAGCGCCCAGCUGCAAAGGCUGUAGCCAAGUGGCCCGCCAGAGAUGGCUGUGGACAACCCGUCAUGUUCGACGACAUUUUAGUGUCACCGGGUCCGCAUUCACCACCGUCGCCACCCUCCUCCCAAGGUUCGGAACCUGUCGCAGUUGGCCCUGUUGUUGGAGAGCGCGACAAAUUACAGCGUUUCACCGAUUCACUGUUUGAGGAUGAUCAAGAUGGCCUCUGGGAUCAGAAGGUCCGUGAACUGCUGGUGUCCACCCUUCUUCUCAGGUAUGAUCAGUUCUUGGAUGUUCUGCGUGACCACCCCAAAGCAUGGAUCCCGGAUUACAUCGUCCGCCAUGAGCAAUUGCGGCGCGCCUAUGAUAAUCAGCAGUUCUCCACGGUGUGUGAAUCUGUUCGGUUGCUCAAGAACCAUCUCCUCCCGUCGUCCGAAUCCUCCUCAACACCAACACCAAGCAAGGGAGUCAUCAAAUUCUCAGUUUCUUGCAAAGCACUCAACAAAGAUUCCUCCAUCUCCGACGUAACCACCAAAUUCUUCGUCGAUAACUUUCCAGCCGGUUUUAAUCUCGACAAAGAAAGUGAAUCAUGGAAGGAUAUGGAUAAGAAUCAACGGAAGAGUCUCUCAAAUCGGUUCGCCGCUAUGAAGUGCGCUGUCAGGAUCGCACUGCUACACACCGAUGCCUUUCCGAAGGACCCGGACAAGAAAGCAAUAGGACAGAUGGCAAGACUAGCAGAAGAGAAGAUCCGUGCCGACUUUGGCUUUGACAAGAAUGAGAGGAUCACAGUCUACAAAAUUCAGAAGCAUGAGAAGACCAAAGGGUUGCAAUCCACUCUCGGUCUACCGACUAAUCUCCCCCAGCCGAUGCAAGCUUUCUUCAGAAACUAG